CCUAAUAACCCAAACUUUCUGCCAGCUUCUUUUCAGGGAUGUUGUAGUCAACCCAUUCAUUCUCUCUUGUGGUGUAGUUCUUCCUAAAAAUGUAAACCAAAGCCCUUUUUUUGUUAAAUAAUUGUGAAAAUAACCAAUGCCAUCAGAAUGCCCAUUACACACGAUAGUUAAUCCUAUCCAAUGCAUUUGAGAAGUGUUUGUGCACUGAGCUGGACAAAGGUCAAAAAUGCAAACUCAAAAGUGGAAUCUUGUCUUUCAAGUUGUUGAUCCUGUUUAAUUAGUUAGUAUAUAUGUUUAUAAUAUUGGAUCUUCAUGUUACCAUAGAUGUGUAGGAAUGAAAAAAACUGCAAAUAAGUCACUGACUUCAGCCUCUUCAGACAUCAGACUGAAAAAACAGGAAUUUCAAAAUACCCUUUUGGCCCCAUAAAUGUAUACAACUGGUUCAAGCACAAAAUUUCAGUAAAAAUAACUGUAUGAUUAGGUACAUAUUAACGGAAACACUUUACUGAAACAAAGGAAUCGUUAAGGCCCAAGGAAACAGUGAAAGCAGAAGGUUGUGUUGUAAGGCAUCUAUGCGUAAUCUCUUCUAAUGCUUAAUCUUUAUUUUUCAGCUGUUAGAGAGACUGUAAAUUUUACACCCUAAUCGUAAAUGUCAAAUUCCAUGACAGAUAAUCCACUGCGUUAGUAAAAAGGUGACUGUAAAACCUGAUACUGAGAGUCUAUCAACAAUCUCAUGCUCAUUACUUUUUCGGUGCUUUUAGUACUCUACCUGUUUUUUUAUAACACAAUAUGUAUUAAUAUUUCAUCAAGUCCUUGCAAAACAUUACUAAAAAGAACACACAGUCCACUUUAAUGGAAAAGGGCCUGUUCUCUUUUUGUCUGUGUGGUUUUCUCUGGGUAGUCUCCUUCUCCUUCCUAGGAUUGCGAACUGUGCUUAGUGGUGGGGCUUUGUGUGGCUAUGCUGUGUGGUUAUACUGUAUGUGCUCCUGUUAGGGUUACAGACAGCAAAUUGCUCAAAGACAAAGAUCCAUCCAUAAGUGAACUUCAUAAAUGUUCUAAUUAAAUUGAGGUGACUCUCCCAAAGAACAGAGAUAAUGAGACCAGCUACUGUAAUCUGACAUGGUAUUCACUGUCAAAAACUUGGUGGCCAGGUGAGCCAUAUAUCCCAGUUGUGCUCUGCCCCAAAAGGCUCCAUGGAAAUAGCAUGAAGUAUUGCCACCUUUAAGGUGAAAGCUGUACUGACAGUCAGGUGACAGUAGCAAGUUGGAUAGACGUUGGCAUAGUAUAUUUUGGGAUUGGAAGAUAGCUGUUGGGAUGUGCAACAUAACUUUCCAGACUAUGGUGUCUGGUGUGUACUGGAACAGUUAAUACAUGAGCGUGAUGAAAUUGGCAUGAGAACUGACAUCUCCAAAAAAGAGUGACUUGUUCUCUGCAGGUAAGAGGGGAGCAACUGCCCCAAGCGAAGGAGUCCAAGUAAGUCAGAGGUUUGUUUAUGAUUGAGGGUAGAGGUGAUUGCAAAAUUGACCAACAUACUUAUACAACAGUAACAAUUGUACAAACAUUGCUCUUGACUAUAAUGGUGAAGUAAAAACUAAAUCAGUGGAUAAAUCUAUUCAUGUAGCACUGAGUAGAGAAUGAAAGAACAAAAUUGUUUGUGCGAGCAUCAGAAAUAAAGUUCCUGUGCAAGGUGUGUUGGAUUACUGUUCAUAACAGUAUGAAGAACUCUGCAUAUACAGGAGGAAGGUGGAAUAGAUCUGCUGCUUCCUAGGUCGAGUGGAGCCAAUUGAGAUGGUUUUAGCAUGUGGUUAGGAUGCCUGCAGUGGGUGUUGUAUCUGUCAGCAAUCCUGGAAACUUCUGGGUAUUCUCCAAGAAUUGCUGCAGGAUUUUGCCCCAGAUCAGCCCAUCUCAGCAUGUUGCCACCAUAGCCCUUACCAGGAACAGAUGAAUGAAAAUGAUAAUGGUGAUAAUUUUUCCCAGCAGGUUGCAUGUUUCAGCAAUGGUGAACUACAUUAGCUAUUUAUUAGUGUGUGAAUGUGAGGUGCGAUGGUGUGAUUAUGCCCUUCCUUCUUACAAAAAACACAACUCCAAGAACCCUCUGAGUAGUUAAAUUCAGGCCAGACAGGGAGUAUGCCUGCUCUCUGAUUUUUUUUCUUUGCCUAUGUAACUAUUUUUAAUGGCACAGCUGUUAAUGAACUUGAUCUAGAUUAAAGGUAUUAGUUAAAGUUAGAAAUAUUUCCUUUCCAGGAUGUUUAUUUUGAUAAUGCUUAUCUGUUCUAUUUAGCACAAAAGCCUGAACACUGAAUUUAAGUACAUACAAAGAAUCUUGCCUGAAAAUUUUUAGGACAUUAUAAACCACUAGCUAUGUUAUCCUGCUACCUAGGGAACUGUAAUAAGACAAUGGGCCUCAGUUAUAGUGCCAAGAGUUAUUCAGAUGUAUGAGAUGUACCAGGUUAUGAAGUACAUUUCUGUAUGCAGUAUUUGUAGGGCUUUUAAUCAAAGGCUAAUUAUUAUUGGCAGGUAGAGUGGUAUAAUGGUUGACGCUUUGUAUGUCAAAACCUGAGGCUGUGAGUUCAAAUCUUACUACUGCCACUUUGUGAUCAUGAGCAAGUCACUUCACCUGCUUGUUCUCCAAAAGCAAAAGAAAUGUAACCAAUUGUAUCUCAAAUGUUGUAAGCCACCUUGGAUAAAGACACCAGUCAAAUAAUAAGAAAUAGUAAUAUUAUUAGAUCAUUGGAGCUGCUUACAGAUGAACAUGCUACAUACAAUUGUCCAUGAGUAAAACAUACCUUCUGGAGAUCAGUUCCUGCUUUUCCUAGUAACUUGGAUUUUGUUAAUGGUCAUUGCAAAACAUAAUUUUACAGGAAAGUGCAUUCUUUUAAAUUGAACAAUCAGUAGGAAUAAUUCCAAAUUUAAGCAAAAUGAUUAUGAUUGUCAUUAUUAGAUGUUUACAAAUUUAACUUGUUUGGCAGGCAAUAAAAUUCUAACACAGUUUACUGACUGCAUAUUUAGGAGGUCCAUGUGAUGAACUGAAUGGUGUUACUUUUGUUUUCUCUAGUGACUGAAAUGAAAACAACUGAUGGUAUGAUGUUUUGAAGGCCCGUUAAACAAUUAGGGAUCCCCAUUUGAAGUCCACAGAAGUGAAUGUAUAUGUAAAGAAUUUUGUAGAGUGGCUGGGAGGUGGGGCAUCUCCAUUCAAAGUAAGCAGAUGCAUAUGUAAAUGUUAAUGAUUUCAGAGGGCAAGGUGGGGAUCUCCUUUCAAAAUCUAUAGAUCUCAAUGUAUAUUACAUUGGGGCACCUUGUGGAGGAGUAAUUAAGCUUAAACUCAUGCCAUCAGUCCCUCUUAUCUUGUACCCAAGGACACAGAUACAACUGUGUCGAUUAACUAGUGUUCUGACGGCCACGCUCUAAUGUUUAUUGGUGGGUUGCAAAGACACUUGCAUGGGAAAAAGUGGGUCAUGACACCAGAAAGAUUGAAAAGCAUUGAUCUGAGAGAAAUUAGAUAACAAUGAAAGAAUAUGGUUCUUAUGCUCACAUUUUCCAAAGCAAAAAUAAAAAUAUUUCUGAUAAAGGGACAAAAGCACUAGAGCAAUAGUCUUGAAGGUCAAUCCUUUGAGCCCAACCUGACUGCAGGUUUCUGUUCUAAACAAAUUCACACUCAGUGAAACAUUUUUACCUGUAAUGGAUUUCAUUGUUUAAUUAGCUGGUCUUUUUAUUCUUUUAUUCUGCAUUCAGAAAAGCAUAGUAGUUUGAGAUUCACUUUUAUGAAACAUUAAGAAAUAUUGGUAUUUUAGUAUUAGCAUCUUAACUCUCUUUUGUCAUUUUUAUAUUAAUUCACCUUUUUCUGUGUCUUUUGCUUCCUUGAUUGUAUCCUAAUAAUAGCAACUAACAAGGAGCAUAGUGACUUGAUACCAGAAAUUUAGAAAUUGGUUUUUCUAAACUUUAUUCUAAUGUAUUAAUUUGUGCGUAUUACAUAAAGAUACAUAAUUGGGUGUUUUUUAUCUUGGUUUUCAUCAUAAUUAUGAUUGAUAUUGCACUUUUCCAGAUGUUCCUAUAAUUUAAUAGUUACUGCACUAGUGGGUGUGACACUGAAGUAGCCACAUUCAGGAUUCAGUCUUCUGUGCCUUGGUGUCUACUCCACUUGUUGUUAAUUCUUAUUACUUGGAUUCAAUUAAAGGAGAAAAUGUAUCUGAGGUUGCUUCAUAGUUUAUUGUUCCUGAUUACUAAAUUUUCAACAUUUAACUUUAACCUUGAAUUUCAAGUACAUCUUAUCUUCUGAAUCAUAAUUCUUUAACUCCGCCUCAAUACUUCCCUAGAGAAAAUAGCUCUAACCAAACUAGUGAUGAAAAGCAGCAUUUGUAACAAAACCUGUUUGUGGAAAAACAUGCUUGGUUUGUUUUUAAUUCUAAAUUUAUUCUUUUACAUUUCCUCUAAUAAUCUUUCAUUUUGAAAACACAGUGUCAUUGUCUAGAGCCUCAAGAUAUGUUCUGAAUGUGCGUGAUGGCAGGAAUCCUAAUACCAAGCAUCUGCUUAAAGAGUGUCAAAAAAGCACAUAUUCAUGGUGAAAAUAUAUACAUAGAAACAUGAAACAGCACACCCACAUCCCAUGCUCUGCCUCCUUUUACGUCUUCCUCUGUCUGGAUCAAGUUAUUCCAAGUGCCUUCAGGAAUUGUUGGGUGGAUUUUCCAACAAAGUGUCUGUGGCCAACCUCUACUGGAUAUGUAGAUGCCUUCCAUCCUGCGUCUGCACAUGCCAUGGACAACUUACUAUACUUUUCCUUCUUCCUCUCAAAGGCUGCCUCCAUACUUCCUUCCACCCUGGUUGACCUUGAUCACUGCCCUGGCAGAGGUGAAGUAUGAUAUCUGAACAUAGGAAGUUGUGGCUCACAUUAGAAUUUCAGCUGUUGAUCAAGGUCCACUCUCACAUUCCACUCACAUUCAGCUGUCAGGAGAAACCACUCCUUCUAGUUAAUGUUUUGUGCGCCGACUCCUUGCUUGAUGAAGCAUAUCCUCUGUGGAAUGUUGUCAAACUGGUCAUAUUCACUUUGUAUCUUGUUUCUCCAAAACCUUUGCCAUUUUCACAGAACAAACUCAUGACACCAUUGAUACCGGCCAAGGGUCAAAGCUGCCUGGCAACCCAAAAGAUUGUACUGCAAGCUGUGGUCCUGGGCCUCAUCGAGGUGGCAGUUUUCCUUUUGUUUUAGAUAUAAAGCAGGUAAUCAAAAAUGCCAUUAACUUUUGCAAGUAGUUUUAUUAGACUAAGUUGUCUGUUUUUUCGUAGGUGCUUGAAGACACCUCUUUCUAGAUGCUUGCGGCGUCUGUGGAUGAUUGCAAUAGCAGUUACAGUCCUUUGGGUAGCUCUUCAAAUAGUUGGAAUAACCCAACACAGAUGGGUGACAAAACCUUUCGCUACUAGAAAAUCAGCAGAUUAUAAGAAAAUCUCUGAAAAAGAAAACAAUGAAAAUGUUAAGCAUGACUUCAAUCAGCCACUGGCUGGGAAUCAAAAUGUGUAUAAACAAAAAACAUUUUUAUUUUAUCCUCAGCAGACUUCAAACCCACAGAAUACUGAGAAAUCAACUAAUGUGCUUAUCAAGAAGACAGUUUCACUUUCUGAGGAAAAAAAUGACUUUGUGGGUAGAAAUGGUAUUGGCCAAAGUCAUUCAGCAUCUGGAAAAACUGGAGGAAGAGACUUCUACUGUUUGCCAAAAACCCAUAUUGUGUUUCUCAAGACACAUAAAACAGCCAGCAGCACAAUUCUUAACAUUUUGUAUCGCUUUGGGGACACCAGAAACCUAACAUUUGCUCUUCCGUAUGGCCAAUAUAACCAGCUUGCUUAUCCACUGUAUUUUACAGCUUCAUUUGUUAAAGGAUUCAUAUCAAAUACCACUACAAAGUAUGACAUAAUAUGCAAUCAUAUGAGGUUUCUUUUACCAGAGGUCAAAAGGAUAAUGCCUUCAGAUUCUUUCUACUUCUCAAUUCUACGGAAUCCUGUCACAAUGAUGGAAUCCACAUUUUCAUAUUAUAAACAAAUCCCAGCUUUUGACAGCACUAAAACACUGGAUGAGUUUCUCCAGGAUCCCCAGAAAUACUACAAUGAGUCAUUACAGGAAAACAGCUAUGCAAGGAAUCUAAUGACAUUUGACUUUGGCUUCAAUAACAAUGAUGAGGAUAAUGAGAGACGUAUCAAUAAGACCAUUGCAUUCAUAGAGAGAACCUUUGAUCUAAUACUGAUUUCAGAAUAUUUUGAUGAGUCAAUGAUAUUGUUGAAAAACGCUCUGUGUUGGAGCCUGGAUGAUGUAGUAUACUUCAAACUUAACAGUCGAAACAAUAAAACAAAAACAAAAGUCUCAUUGCAGACAGAACAGAAAAUAAAAGAGUGGAAUUUUUGGGAUUGGAAGCUCUACUUAUACUUUAACAGCACAUUUUGGAGGACAAUUGAUAAGACAGUUGGUAGAAAAAAAAUGAAUAAAGAAGUUGAGGAGCUUAGAAGCAAAAGAAACCACCUCAUGAAUAUGUGCCUUAAAGAAAGGAAUUCUGUAGACCCAUCUAAAAUCAAAGAUGAAUCUCUGAAACCUUUACAGUAUGGGAAUUCUGUAAUUGAAGGGUAUAAUCUUAAUUUACAUCUAGACAACAUGACAAAACUGUGGUGUCAAAAACUUAUUACACCAGAGCUUCAAUACACCAAACAGCUUUAUGACAAGCUAUUUCCCAACCUGAUUAAAAGGCCUACACCUCUAAAUUGAAAAGAAAUUUGGAAGACUUAUUCUGAGAAAUGGAGAGGAUUUAGAUCUUUGGAGAGGCAAAACAGGAAUCCACACACUCCAAAGUCUUCACAAUAAACCUAAGCUAAAGCUUUUGUUGACAUUAAUAUAAACUAUAAGGACACAAUUGCACAAGAUGGUUACACCAUAUGUUAUCUUCAAGAAUGAAAAGUGCUCAGACACUGCCUGUUUGCGUGGACUUUUCUCUGAUUGUUCCAAUUUUUCUCUCACAUCCCAAAGAUGACUGUAAAUGUCUGGGUGUGAUCAAAUGGCACCAUGUCUGGAUGUGGUUCUUGCAUUGUGUUGGCAGGACUGGCUCCACCCUCUGUGACCUUAAGGUGAAAUAAGCAGGCUUGAUCAAUAAAAAAUGUUGAAAACAAUAUUUUAUUGUUUGUCUGGCUCUUCAAAACAAAUGUCAUAGUUAAAGGAACAUGAUAUUUAGAGGAAAAUGUCUAUACUAUAUACAGUCAUAUGAAAAAGUUUGGGAACCCGUCUCAGCCUGCAUAAUAAUUUACUCUACUUUCAACAAAAAAGAUAACAGUGGUAUGUCUUUCAUUUCCUAGGAACAUCUGAGUACUGGGGUGUUUUCUGAACAAAGAUUUUUAGUGAAGCAGUAUUUAGUCGUAUGAAAUUAAAUCAAAUGUGAAAAACUGGCUGUGCAAACAUUUGGGUACCCUUGUAAUUUUGCUGAUUUGAAUGCAUGUAACUGCUCAAUACUGAUUUCUUUGCUACACCAAAUUGGCUGGAUUAGCUCGUUAAGCCUUGAACUUCAUAGACAGGUCUGUCCAAUCCUGAGAAAAGGUAUUUAAGGUGGUCAAUUGCAAGUUGUGCUUCCCUUUGACUCUCCUCUGAAGAGGGACAGCAUGGGAUCCUCAAAGCAACUCUGAAAAGAUCUCAAAACAAAGAUUGUUCAGUUUCAUGGUUUAAGGGAAGGCUACAAAAAGUUAUCUCAGAGGUUUAAACUGUCAAUGUCAACUGUAAGGAAUGUAAUCAGGAAAUGGAAGGCCACAGGCACAGUUGCUGUUAAACCCAGGUCUGGCAGGCCAAGAAAAAUACAGGAGCGGCAUAUGCACAGGAUUGUGAGAAUGGUUACAGACAAUCCACAGAUCACCUCCAAAGACCUGCAAGAACAUCUUGCUGCAGAUGGUGUAUCUGUACAUCGUUCUACAAUUCAGCACAAUUUGCACAAAGAACAUCUGUAUGGCAGGGUGAUGAGAAAAAAGCCCUUUCUGUACUCACGCCACAAACAGAGUCGCUUGUUGUAUGCAAAUGCUCAUUUAGACAAGCCAGAUUCAUUUUGGAACAAAGUGCUUUGGACCGAUGAGACAAAAAUUGAUGUUAUUUGGUCAUAACAAAAAGCGCUUUGCAUGGAGGAAGAAGAACACUGCAUCCCAAGAAAAACACCUGCUACCUACUGUCAAAUUUGGUGGAGGUUCCAUCAUGCUGUGGGGCUGUGUGGCUAGUUUAGAGACUGGGGCCCAUGUUAAAGUUGAGGGUCAGAUGAAUUCAACCCAAUAUCAACACAUUCUUCAGGAUAAUGUUCAAGCAUCAGUCACAAAGUUGAAGUUACGCAGGGGUUGGAUAUUCCAACAAGACAAUGACCCAAAACACAGUUCGAACUCUAACAAAAGUAUUCAUGCAGAGGGAGAAGUACAAUGUUCUAGAAUGGCAAUCACAGUCCCCUGACUUGAAUAUGAUCAAAAAUCUAUGGGAUGAUUUGAAGCAGGCUGCCCAUGCUCAGCAGCCAUCAAAUUUAACUGAACUGGAGAGAUUUUGUAUGGAAGAAUGGUCAAAAAUACCUCAAUCCAGAAUCCAGACACUCAUCAAAGGCUACAGGAGGUGUCUAGAGACUGUUAUAUUUGCAAAAGGAGGCUCAACUAAGCAUUGAUGUAAUAUCUCUGUUGGGGUGCCCAAAUUUAUGCACCUAAUUUUGUUAUGAUGCAUAUUGCAUAUUUUCUGUUAAUCCAAUAAACUUAAUGUCACUGCUAAAAUACUACUGUUUCCAUGAGGCAUGUCAUAUAUUAAAAGGAAGUUGCUACUUUGAAAGCUCAGCCAAUGAUAAACAAAAAUCCAAAGAAGUAAGAGGGGUUCCCAAACUUUUUCAUAUGACUGUAUUAUUAUGGUUGUUUAUGUGUACUUGCAUUAUGGAAUACGCAAUUAAUCUAGUAUUCGAAAAACAGCACAAAAGUUCUUUACGGCAUUCAGUCUAUGAAUUGCUACAAUCCCAAACUUGCUUUAAAAGUCAGUAUGUACCUAACUGUAGCGCAAAAAUUGCCACAGUUUGCUUAAAAAUCAACAAUAUCAGAUCAAAAAUAAUAUCAAGCUCUUGUGCCAACUUCUUUUUCAAUCCCACCACCCUAAGACUGUGUUAUAGAGCAGUCUUUAAACCUCACCCAAAUGUUACUUUAGGGACCUGAAUGUCCUGGAUCCAUUUUUCCCAGAACUUCAUCUAUAUGGUCCCAGUUAAACCUGUACCUCCUGAAGUUGCAUUAUUAACUUACAGGUCCAGAAUCCUGAUGGAUUGCUAAAGUUAUCUUGCCUCCAAAAUGAGCGUCUGGGGUCCCUAUAUUCCCUCCAUUUGCAGCAACCUAGUGAUGACAGAGAACACUGCUUUUCUUAAAUGUGGUGGUGCCAGCCAUUCUUCUCUUUCUAGUUCAGGGUACACAGAGCAGCUCCUUAAAGACAAUGUUAUACUGGCAGCGGAUGUCAUACUUCCAUCCCCUCUUGAAUCAAACAUAUUGCUGGGAAACCAACAAGAUUUUUAAAGAGCAAGCCAAGAGAGAGAUGCGAGGUAGAAAAGGGUCAAAACUGGAAAAUCAAAAAGUGCCAAAACAACAACCCAAAGAGCAAGACAAAAAUUGAGGUCAGUAGUCAAGAACCAAAGAGAUCAACUCAGAACACAUGAAAUAUCCUCAGCAGGUUUAGCAAAGGUUUUCUAUUCACAGCUCUGAAAAGACAUGGCAAAGCUGGUAGCUAUUUAAAUCCCCCUCCCAUAGGCAAUUACCAGUCGGUGAUAAACCCAGACACACAAACAUCAGCUAAGGUUACAAUGGCAACUGCUGCAAGCUGCUUGCUCUCAAGGCACAUACGAUGGCUGACACAUGAUGGCCAUACUGAGUUGCUGUGAUGAAAUUCACAUAAGCCUCUGAUUUCAGUUUUUGACUUUGGUUUCAAUGUGAUGUUGAAUCCAGCCAUCAAUGGGUUGGUGAUUUUGGUUUCCAUUGACCAAUGUUACAUCAUUUUGUUCUCAACAAACUAUACAGUAUUACUCAGUAAAGAUUUUCCACUUGAAUAUUUUGUUCAUCGAGAUCUGAGGUUUGAUUUAAGUGUUCAAUUUUUUUUUUCAAUUUUUUAAUAUUUUUUCAUGGAACAAAAACAGCAAUCUGUAACAAAUACACGAUUAGGUCUUAAGGUGAAUAAUCAUCAUUGCCUGUCAUUAACCAUGUCUGCUAUAAAAAUGCCUAUUUUGAAUAUUUAUGAUUUAAUCACCAUACAAAUUUUCCCAUGUUUCUGGGAGACAUCUUUAUUAUUAACCAUGGAAGAACAAAGGACAAAAAAGUAGAAAAUGAAACUUAAGUGAAUGUGAAAUUGAGGUACAGUAUUUCUCACUGAAGUAAAGAUUUGCAAAAACAUUUUUUGCUGCUAUAUUUGCGGGUGUCACAAAAGAAAAAACAAGAGUAAAAGCAGCAGAGUGUAGAGAGCAAUAGCAAUAUGCCAUCAUGAAGUGCCCUGCCGUGAAUCAAUGCAGGCUGU